GUCUAGUCUGAUACAUCGUCCGUCUAAUUGUACGUAUGUAGAGUCGAAGUGUUAUUUUCAUGUAUAUACAUAUAACCAGCAUAUACUCUACAUAUACAUAAGCACACAAAUACAAUACAAUUUUUAACACUAUGUCUUUUUGAUACAGCCUUUCAACUCCAACGUGAACGUUGACGUUUGUUAUUACCGAAAUGUCAAUGGCUUAUUCGCUGUUUUUAUUAAAAUAGACAGUUCUGUAAAAUGGGUGAUUUCUUGGCGACUAACAAUAUUUGCGGUCAAAAUUUAUUACGUUUGGUGUCCCGUGGAAAUGCUAUUAUAGCUGAAUUGAUGAGAUUAAAGGAUUAUGUGCCAACAGUAUUUAGUUUGGAUUCAAAACAGAUAAUACAAAAGUAUGGUUCUAUUAUAAUCGAUUUUGCAUAUUUUAAAUCGGUUAAUGUUUAUGAGCAAAAAAUAGAAAAUGAUCCAAUUCUUCAAGAAACUGAUGAGGAUUUACGAAACAAUUAUUCGGAUAUAAUUUCUAGAUUUUAUUUGGCAUUUGAAAGCAUACACAAGUAUGUUACUGAUUUAAACACAUACGUAGAUGAAUUGGGAGAUGGAAUUUAUAUUCAUCAAUCUAUAGAUUCUAUCAUGCUAAAUGAGGAAGGACGGCAAUUAAUGUGUGAAGCAGUAUAUUUAUAUGGAGUUAUGCUACUUCUGGUGGAUUACCAUUUCAAAGGAUGUAUAAGAGAAAGACUGUUGGUAUCCUAUUAUCGAUAUAAUGCACAACGGUCAUCUUCAACAAGUGUAGACGACAUAUGUAUGUUACUUCGUUCAACAGGAUUUUCUAAAAAUUCCAACAAGAGACCUGCGAAUUAUCCUGAGGAAUAUUUUAAGAGAAUAUUAUUGAAUGACUCUCUGAUAGAACAUCUUAUUGGACGUUUACGUUCAGAUGAAAUAUAUAAUCAAAGUCUUGCUUUUCCACAUCCAGAACAUCGUAGUACUGCACUUUCUAAUCAAGCUUCAAUGUUGGUUGUUAUUUUAUCAUUUAAACCAAGCAUGUUACAUUCACAUACAGCCAUGAUGAGAGAGAUAGUAGAUAGAUUCUUCCCUGAUAAUUGGGUCAUUAGCAUUUACAUGGGAAUAGUAAUAAAUUUAUGUGAUUGGUGGUCUCCAUAUAAGGCUGCAAGAACAGCUCUUAAUAAUACACUUGACUCUUCUAAUGUUAAAGUAAUUGCGCAUAAGUAUGGUCAGAAAAUGAAGAAAUUGAUAUCAGAAACAGAGGAAGUACAAUUAGCAGGCACUUUAGAUGACAGUGCAGUAGGGUCACUCGUAAAGUUAGUUAAAGAAUGUAACGUGACUUUGCACUGGAUACUUUUACAUACAGCAAUGUCGACUAUAUCGCUAGAGGAUUCGAAACGUUCGCGUAUGCUCAGGCAGUUAGUAGUGAAUGAAAGUAAAUAUACGACAGUUGACUGUCUUCAACUAUUACUAAGUACAGCUCAGAUUGAACAGGAUGUCAAACAAUUAUACAAAGAUUUGUUAUUUGGUAAAGAAACUAAAUGGCUCAGGGAUAAAGGAAUAUGCGUUGAGAGAAUAAUAGACCUUGCGCAAAUAUUUGGAGGUAAUAAAUCUCUUGAUGGUAUUGAAAAAAAUCAAAAUCUACAUGCAUGGUUUAUGGAAAUUAGCAAACACAUUGACUCUCUACAACAAGAAGAUGGAAGGAAAAUAGCACAAUUGUUACCGGCAUUGGAAGAAGUGCAAGAAUUCCAUCAGUUGGAAAAUAAUUUACAUAUAUCUCAGUAUUUAGCUGAUACACGGGAGAUAUUGCACAAUAUGUUACGUACAGGAAGUAUCACAGAAGACACUAUGAUCAGUUUAAAUAUAGUGACAGAUUGUUGCUAUGCAUGGAAUAUAAUGGAAUCUUUUAUUGAAACGAUGCAAGCUAGCAUAAAAGAAUGUCCUCCUACUGUAAUUAAAUUAAAAGCAUUGUUUUUAAAAAUGGCUUCGGCGUUGGAAACACCGUUAUUGAGAGUGAAUCAAGCACGUAGUGCAGAUCUAUCAUCAGUAUCUCAAUACUAUAGUAGAGAAUUAGAAAAAUAUGCAAGACGUGUCUUACAAAUAAUACCAGAAACUGUAUUUGGUUUACUCGCUGAGAUCGUACAUCUUGAGACAAAUGCUUUCAAGGAAAUUCCUACUAGAUUACCGAAAGAUAAAUUAAAAGAAUAUGCACAAUUAGAUGAUAGAUUAAAAAUGGCUAAGUUGACGUAUGCUGUGUCAGUAUUUACGAAAGGUGUAUUAUCCUUGAGAAGUGUUCCCUUGGGAGUGUUGAGAGUUGAUUCCCAUCGCUUAUUAGAAGAUGGUAUACGACAAGAAUUGGUAAAGAAAGUAACAGUAGCCUUGGAUAAUGGUCUUGUUUUCGAAUCAAAAUCAAAAAUACCGAUAUUACAGAAACUUAAUAAUUUAGCCGCAAUUAUGGAUGGUUAUCGUAAAUCUUUUCAAUAUAUUCAAGAUUAUAUAAAUAUUAAUAGUUUAAAGAUAUGGCAUGAAGAGAUAACAUACAUUAUUAAUAAUGCAGUGGAGGAGGAGUGUGUUGGAUCUUCUUGGACUUCAGAAAGGUCAUCCAGAUAUUAUCAAGACGACAAAUAUACGUCUGUAUUAGAUAAUUCUAUUACUUUUAUUGGCAGACUUGCUCGAGAACUUGUUCGUAUAACUGAUCCCAAAACAACUAUUUACAUUGAACAUUCUCUUGCAUGGUAUGAUCUCAAAACACAAGCAGAGGUUCUAAAUUAUAAAAUAUUUUCAAAAAUAUUAGAAGCAAUAGGCACACCCGGCCUAACAGGACUUGAUAAACUUAUCUCGUUUUAUAUCGUCACUGAACUACAUAGUUUCAUUCAUUACAUAGAAAGGAACCUUCGCAACAAGACCUGGGCAUCUACGUUAGAUUACUUUGAACCAAUUUUAAAUUCCUCAGAUACACUUAAAGGUAAUAUACCAAAGCUGCAUACUGCUGUGGCAACUCAUGCAAAUAAAUUUUGUCCUCAAUUACUCGAAUGGAUAUUGAAAAUUGGACAUUGUCAACUUCUUAAGAAGAAAAUAGCAUACGAAUUAAAUACUACAUGUAAAUUUGAAGCUAAACACAUGGAGGCGGCACUUCAAACACUGAAUGCAGCUGUUUUAUUCGAGAUUAGUAAAGGGAACCAUUGUGAUCAAAGCGAGGCUAAGAGAAACGAACUCCUGCGGGAAUUGAAUGUUAGAUUAGAUUGGGCCGGCAUCAGUAAUUGUCAUAACAAUGUCUAUAUUAAAUCACCAAACCUAAAUAAUAUUGCACUGAUUUUGUUUUUGCUUACUGUAUCGCAAUUACCUAAAGUGUACUAUUGCAAAAAUGCAGGUAGUCUUUUAAGUAAAAAGGCUCAAGAUCCUCUGGAUGCGAUAAUAUUUACAAUCGGAAUACAAACAGUUUUACGCCAGUGCUCUUUUGCUGCAAUGACAAACUAUGUCAAAUAUCUUUGUACAUACGUUAUCUCCUGUGUUACACCUGACAGUGCAAAAACCGGGAGUGAUGGAAAUACCGAAGGGUCGAAUACUUUACAUAUUUUGGAGCUGUUUACAAAAUAUUCUGGUUUACCACGCUCAUUUAUACUUAAAGAAAUUCCAGCGAUUGUCAUGGAUCAUUUUCAAAUGAAGACUACCAAAUAGCCAUAUUAUAAGAUAUAACAGAAUCUUUUGUAUAAACUCAACUUAUAUCGUAUUAUAAUACGCAUAAAGGAAUGGAUAUUCUCUAUUUUGUACAUAUGUUCACA